AAUCCAAAGAACCUCCAGAGGAUUUUGCGCGAGGGAAUCCUUCUUGCGACAGGUGGGACUGCAAUCUUGUUGCAGAUGGCCCACCCAGGCGUUGCCCAAGGUGUCGACGAGCACAGCAACUUUGCCUACCGUCCCAGCGAUAGGCUUCGCACCACGAUGACUUUCAUGUACUGCAUGGCAUGGGGCACAAUAGAGGAGAAACGUACGAUUCUUGAGAUGGUCCACAGAGCCCAUGCUCCCGUCAACGGGCCAGGAUACAACGCAAAUGAUCCGCAUCUUCAACUCUGGGUUGCCUCUACAUUGUUUGUCUGUGGGGUCCAUAUGCAUCAGCUCAUUUUCGGACAAAUGGACCCUGCUGCGGAGGACACACUUUAUCAAGAAUACUCUGUCAUGGCAACAUCGCUACGGGUACCACCGGAAUUGUGGCCAGAGAACCGCCAAGCAUUCUGGAAGUACUGGGACGAGAACAUCAAGGCGCUGCCUAUCAGCUCACAUGCAAAGAAUGUGUCAAACGACUUGCUUUACAACAAAGCGGGUCCAUGGUGGUUGAGAAUCAAUCUACCUAUCGUUCGCUUGGUGACUGCAGAGCAACUUCCACCCAGGUUGAGAGACGAAUAUGGGCUCAAGGCACAUCAUAAGCGGUACAAGGCCGCUCUUGGGAUCACACGGCCUAUUUACCGCCUUCUGCCGGUAUCACUUCGUCAAUAUCCGGUGAGGUACUAUUUGAAGGAUAUGAGGAAGCGAAUGGACAAG